AAGGCCCCAAAAAAAAUAAGAAAAAAGAAAACCUGAUUGAAGACAAGUGAUUGAAAACCUUGUCUUCCUUCUUUCCAAAUUUCAUAAAGACAAUUUAGAUUACAGAGCUCGAGGAUAGGGUUUUGUGUUGUGAUCUCUGUUUUCAAAUGCUCUGUCAUCGAAGAGUAGGAUCAGAAUGCAGCAAGCUUUACCGCCUAGAACCUCUGAUUAUCUCACGGCUCUCACACAAGAAAUCGAGAAAAAGCUUCAGCGGGCACUAGUUUCGCCAUCACAGAGACGCAACUUGUUGGAAGAGCUAUUUGCGGACAUAGCUUUGGAAGUUGAUGACCGAGCAAGGGAUAUAAUCCUAGGCAGAGAAGAUGUAAUCUCUUUGGCGGAGGUAGAGACUGGGGGUCCAUUAUGCUUUUACGACGUGCUAGCAGAUUAUUUUGUUGGGGCGCCUGAAAAAGGGAAACAUAUCCUAGAUUUGAUUGUUCAACUCUGGAGCCAGUCGUUUGCAUCUAAUAUUUUUUCCCUUCUGUUCCACAAAUGGUUGUUUGAAGUUCAACUUGAUAAUUCUGAUAUCCUCCUCCGUUACUCUUCAGCUCUUGUUCAAGGUGCUACCAAGGUCUUGUGGUAAGGAUAAUAAUCACAUUUGUGUAACUUCUUAUUGAUUGACUCCCCAAGAAGCUUGAUUUGUUGGGGGUUAUGUGGUACUAACAUCCUUAGAUGCAUGAAUCCAGUUACGAGACACAAAUAUGGCACAACACGGUCUUGGUGACACAUUUCUCAAAAGAGUAGGACAUGGACCCUAUAGAGACACGUUGAUGCUAUAUAUGUGUGAUCAAAUAGCAUAAGGUUAAUAUAUUUUAGUGAAAGUUUGGAUAAGCAAAGCUCUGGAAUCAUAAUAAGCUACAUCAUCAAGUCAAUCACUAGAAGAUUCAAAACUCAUCUCCGCCAAGAUUAUUACAAGACCAACAACCACAAAAAAAUUAAUCUCAAAACUAGUUGCACGUACCACCUGCCUUCCUUCCCCCACCUGGCAAGAAGACUGGGAGGAAGACGAUCAGGAUCUCAAGUGUGGCAGCUGUUGGAAUAAAUUCACGAAAAACUGCAAAGAGCAAUAAUUAAGGGUUUUGGGGUCACGCAUAGGUAGAUAUAGUGGUCAUCAACAGAUGUUGGGAGCCGUUGGAAGACACCAAUCGGAAAUCGUGACCAUGGUUGUGGGAUACAUCAUCUAGAGUUUCAUCUUUCUUGCCUUCUCUCUGGUUUUUAUUUCAUUUUAUUUUGUUUAAAUCGAAGGGUUGUAAGGAGACAGUGUUAUCCUGAUCUUUAGGUUCUUCUUCUUCUUCUUCAUUUGAUUUAUUUAUUAAAC